AUGAAGGAAUUUUCACAAUUCAUGACGGAAAAUUCCGAAGAAAUUGUCUCGCUAGCAGCCAAGGACAACAUUAAUUUGUCUUUUAUACCGCCUUAUUCGCCUCAUUUUGGUGGUUUAUGGGAGGCGGGAGUGAAGUAUUGUAAGCAUCACCUACGACGAGUUGUAGGUAAUUCACACUUAACUUACGAGGAAUUCAGCACGGUAUUAGCACAGAUAGAAGCCGUCCUGAAUUCCCGUCCUAUACACCCAAUGUCCGCAGAUCCAAACGAUCUUCGUCCACUCAGCCCUGUUCAUUUCCUCAUCGGCCGACCGUUGACCGAACCAGCCUGCAGCGACCUCACGACGACGGCAUCACACCGACUGACGCGCUAUGAUCGAGUGGAACAAAUCCGACAACAAUUUUGGCAGAGGUGGUCUAAGGAGUACAUAUCCGAAUUGCAGACGAGAACUAAGUGGAAAACGGACAAGGAAGACAUCGUACCGAAUACCCUGGUUCUAAUCAAAGAAGACAACCUGCCGCCACUCAAAUGGCGUCUUGGACGAGUGCAGCAAACAUUUCCUGGCAAGGACGGCAUAUCCCGAGUAUCUAACCUCAAAACGGCGACUGGGAUUGUACAGCGGGCAUACUCAAAAAUCUGCCCACUCUUACAUAAUGCAGAGGACUACAACGAGAGUCUCACAACACACAUAUCGUAA